UCGCAGCUCCGAGAGGGCCCGCAGAGAUAAGAGAUGGCCCCAGCGGCCUCUGGGGUCGGCGGCCCCCCGGGUAGGUGACGUCCCUUAUCCGGGCUUCAGUUCCCAUAACUGCAAAAGCAGGCCGAGGAGAAGGCUUAAAAGCAAGAGCUCUACUAAGUCCUUGGCCAAAGAACACUGGGUCUCUGUCGGCCUGACCUGGUCUGGAGUCUGAUCACGGCUGGCAGGGUCCUUAGGGUCGUCGCAAUGGACUCACUGGCAGCACCCCAGGACCGCCUGGUGGAACAGCUGCUGUCGCCACGGACCCAGGCCCAGAGGCGGCUCAAGGACAUUGACAAGCAGUACGUCGGCUUUGCCACACUGCCCAACCAGGUGCACCGCAAAUCGGUGAAGAAGGGCUUUGACUUCACGCUCAUGGUGGCUGGUGAGUCAGGCCUGGGGAAGUCCACGCUUGUCCACAGCCUCUUCCUGACUGACCUGUACAAGGACCGGAAGCUGCUCAGUGCCGAGGAACGCAUCAAUCAGACAGUAGAAAUACUAAAGCACACAGUGGACAUUGAGGAAAAGGGGGUCAAGUUGAAGCUCACCAUUGUGGAUACCCCAGGCUUCGGGGAUGCUGUCAACAACUCUGAGUGCUGGAAGCCCAUCACAGACUACGUGGACCAGCAGUUUGAGCAGUAUUUCCGUGAUGAGAGCGGUCUCAACCGAAAGAACAUCCAAGACAACCGGGUGCACUGCUGCCUGUACUUCAUCUCCCCCUUUGGGCACGGGCUGCGGCCCGUGGAUGUGGGCUUCAUGAAGGCUCUGCACGAGAAGGUGAACAUUGUCCCCCUCAUUGCCAAAGCUGACUGCCUGGUCCCCAGUGAGAUCCGGAAGCUGAAGGAGCGGAUCCGGGAGGAAAUUGACAAGUUUGGGAUCCAUGUGUACCAGUUUCCAGAGUGUGACUCAGACGAGGAUGAGGAGUUCAAGCAGCAGGACCGGGAGCUGAAGGAGAGUGCGCCUUUCGCUGUUAUUGGCAGCAACACGGUGGUGGAAGCCAAGGGACAGAGGGUCCGGGGACGACUGUACCCCUGGGGGAUCGUGGAGGUGGAGAACCAGGCGCACUGCGAUUUCGUGAAGCUUCGCAACAUGCUCAUCCGCACGCACAUGCACGACCUCAAGGACGUGACGUGUGACGUGCACUACGAGAACUACCGCGCGCACUGCAUCCAGCAGAUGACCAGCAAACUGACCCAGGACAAUCGCAUGGAGAGUCCUAUCCCCAUCCUACCGCUGCCCACCCCAGAUGCAGAGACAGAGAAGCUCAUCAGGAUGAAGGAUGAGGAGCUAAGGCGCAUGCAGGAGAUGCUGCAGAAGAUGAAGCAGCAAAUGCAAGACCAGUGACACUCUGUCCCAGCCCCAUGUCGCCACGGAUAGACCACCCGUUUCCGGGCUGGCACCUCCUACCCCUGGAUCCCAGACUGGCCUGGACUUCACCCUGGAUUCACCUGGAUCUCAGAUGGGCCUGGACCCAACUCUUAAACCCAGAGUGGCCCUAACGGGACUGUUACCUACCCGAGACUCCGAGCCACCGUUCCUAGAUGACCCUAAUUUAUUGUCAGUAUCCACCCCUUCCAGGUCAUUUGUAUCUGCUUCCAAGGGGCCUGGACGACAGCUCCUCCUCAACCGGUCUCCUCUGGCCUUGGGGGAGCAAGAGCUAAGUUGGGCACAAUUUUCACGA